UAGGGUGCAGGGUGCGGUUUCUUGAGUCCAGCUGUAACCGGUUACCGGAGACUCUCGUCGUCACACGGCAGCGCUGUAUGGUCAAACACUACAACAAUUAUUCUCCGGAGCGGCUUAAUGAUUAAGCUACAAUCUUCAAUGAGUAAGCAUAUUCCACAGUUCUGUGGUGUUUUGGGUCACACAUUUAUGGAGUUUCUGAAGGGCAGUGGCGACUACUGCCAGGCUCAGCACGGCUUUUAUGCAGAGAAGUGAACGGCUAGCCUUGCUACCUCAUCAGAAGAGAGACUUGUGUCACAGUUUUAACGUUGGCGGGAUCGGGCUUGGAGAGCAGGCGUCCACAGCAGUCGGUGGUUCUGGAUGGGGUAAAAAAAAUCUCUUGAAGUUCACUGCCCUCGUUGGCCCUACGUCUUCACUCUCACCAGAGGACCAGCCUUGUUUUCUAAGAAUUUUAAGCUAUUUUGAAAAGUCAAAAAUGGCUCGUAUGAAUAGACCUGCCCCAGUGGAGAUCACUUACAAAAACAUGAGAUUCCUCAUUACCCACAACCCCACUAAUGCCACGCUUCACAAAUUCAUUGAGGAACUGAAGAAAUAUGGGGUGACCACGGUCGUUCGAGUGUGUGAGGCCACGUACGAUGCAAACCUGGUUGUUAAAGAGGGUAUUCAGGUUCUGGAUUGGCCCUUUGACGACGGAGCUCCUCCUCCUAACCAAAUCGUUGAUGAUUGGCUAAAUCUUCUUCGGAUUAAGUUUAGGGAGGAGCCAGGUUGCUGUAUUGCAGUGCAUUGUGUUGCAGGCCUUGGAAGAGCCCCAGUACUGGUUGCUCUGGCCCUGAUUGAGUGUGGGAUGAAAUAUGAGGAUGCUGUUCAGUUCAUCCGACAAAAGCGCCGAGGAGCAUUUAAUAGCAAGCAGCUCUUCUAUCUGGAAAAAUAUCGUCCCAAAAUGCGUCUUCGAUUCAAGGAUUCCAACGGCCACCGCAACAACUGCUGCAUUCAGUAAAAGCUUGCAUAUGAGCCUUUCUCAAAUAUGUAAUGGUGGUUUGGAUCUAGCAUAAGUAGUUUGUUCUCUUAGUUGGUAACUGUGAAAAUACCGUUACAAAAAUUAAAGGGAUAGUUCACCCAAAAAUGAAAAUCCUGUCAUCAUUUACGCAC